CCUUCCUUCCAUUUCAUCUGAUUCAUUUAAUACAUAUGCAGUUUUUGUUCCUUAAUGAGUGAAGCUGUUUUGAAGCUGUGAGAUGGUCCAACUUUCUAGCUAUUGCAUUUUAUUUUGGUUAGCAGCACAUUUCCUACAUGGCUUGCGAAAUGAAAUCCUGAUUCAUGAAACUAUUUGGGACUGAAAAUAUAUAUGACAGGAUGGGAUCAAGCUCCUUGGACAAGUUCUAAUUCACUCAAGAAUUCUUCUGAUUGAGUUAAUGUACAUUUUCUUGAUCUUCAUUUUUCCAUUUUUCUGUUACAUUAUAUAGACAGUUUCUUUGACAUAAUCAUGUUGUUUAAUUGCCCAACAGCUGGUUCUGGUUCUGUGUGUUGAGUUCUGUGUAAAAGAGCUGGCUCUAAGUAAGAUAUAAAGCUUAAACCUACCCUUUGCUAUUUGAUGAAAUGCUUUAUUUUAGAUCUAAUGAUGGAUGACUUGAACGGUAUUGCAAGCAUUUCAUUUUUGCAAAUGUUUCAGUUUCCAUUAAAUGAUUGGUAUCCACUAAUCUUGGACCCUUGAUGCUAAUUUCAAUCUAGUGCCUGCAUCCUCAUUUCAAGAAAAGGCAUCAUAAAGAAGGGUUCUGCAGAACCCUUUAUUGGAUUCAAUUAAAAUAGGUGGACUCCUAAGGAAAGCUGAUGCAUGUUUGUCAUUAUUCGCUCGACAUACAUUCAGAACCGAGAACCUUGUUGCUCAUCCAGAUCCAAAAGGGGUUAGUGAGGAAAUCGUUAAAAGCUUUUGGAGCGCUCUGAAGAGUUUCAUUUUGUUGUUAGCUUACACCAAUCAUCUCAUCAGCUGCUGGGUAGGCAGGAAGUGUACCGAUUAGUAAUACUAAUGGACUGAGAAUAAAAGCUUAACAUGUUUGUCAAUGGAAAAGAAGCUGGUUUCUGGAGAUUGAAAAAUUGCCAUCCCAGCAUUUUGUGAAGAUUCAUUGAUUGCUCAACUUUGGGUGUUUACGUAUAACCUCAAGGAAGAAAGCUCUUCCUCUGCUGCUCAGCUUUUGCUUGCAGUAAACAAGUUUGUUGGAAGUUUUAAGAUUUGGCAUAUUUGUUUGUAUGCUUUCUUGACAGACUACAUCUAAGCUAAUGAUGUUAAUUUCUCCCUGUCGAUUGGCUGAUACUUCUGCUUGUCCACAAACUUGAUAUAUACCAGGCUAGAAUGAUACUUAAUUCAAAUGAACUUGAAGAUUAGACUAGUCUUUAAUAUUUUAUUGUUUCAAGAGCCAAAAUGUGAAUUGCAAA